AAUAAAGGAACACAAAUUUACCAAGUGCUGACAUUUUGUGCAACUAUAUACGCAGAUUGUAGGAGCUAUUGUGUACCAUUUGAACGUAUACACACACAGAAACACAUUGAACUUCGUAAAGACACCAAAAACCGCUUAUUUUAAAGUACAUUUUCAGUAAAAUCAACGUGUUCAUAGUGGGACCCGGUGGGGUUGAUGUCACUAUGGAGUACAAAGAUUUGAUUUACUCUGUUUUAGUGCUUUUUCUUGUCCUCCGGACUGGUACAUGUCGAUCGACUGGAGCACCAAGUCAGGCCUGUUCAUCUCUGACGCCAAGCCAUCCUGGAUCCUCCCAGCCAAGCAAUACAAGUCCGUACCAACUAGAGCUGGUUUCUGGCAAUACCUAUGCUGCAGGAGGAACAGUAACAGUUCGUCUUAGCGCCAACCCUAGCACGACCACCUUCAAGGGCGUCAUCAUGCAGGCCCGCCAGGUCCUUGAUGGUUCUGUCGUGGGUUCUUGGCAGCUAUCAGACAGCAAUUAUCAGCACCUUGCAUGCCCAGGAGAUACCGAUGGUCAAGGGACUAUCACACACACAGACGGACAGCUCGUCAAGACACUGCCGGUAACAUUCACUUGGAAUGCUCCAGUUCAGCUAGUUGGUGAUCUGGAAUUUCAGUUUUCGGUUGUCCAGGAAUACGUAACGUAUUGGACAAAUAUGAAGUCCUCCAUCGUUGCUCCAGCAGCAAACUCUUGCAUUUCCAACCCAUGUCAGAAUGGGGCAACAUGUUUACCAGGAACCAAUAGCCAUACCUGCGUUUGUGAUGCAGGCUUUACUGGACUAAACUGUCAAACUGCAAGCCCAACACCUCCUUGUUUUUCAAACCCAUGUCUGAAUGGGGCAACAUGUUUGACUGGAACCAAUAGCUAUGUCUGUCAAUGUGCUACAGGCUUCACUGGAACAAACUGUCAAACUGCAACAAGCCCAACACCUCCUUGUCUUUCAAACCCAUGUCUGAACGGGGCAACAUGUUUGACUGGAACCAGUAGCUAUGUCUGUACAUGCACUGCAGGCUUUACAGGAACAAACUGUCAAACUGCAACAAGUCCAACACCUCCUUGUCUUUCAAACCCAUGUCUGAAUGGGGCAACAUGUUUGACUGGAACCAAUAGCUAUGUCUGUCAAUGUGCUACAGGCUUCACUGGAACAAACUGUCAAACUUCAAGUUCAACACCUCCGUGUCUUUCAAACCCAUGUCUGAAUGGGGCAACAUGUUUGACUGGAACCAAUAGCUAUGUCUGUUCAUGCACUGAAGGCUUUACAGGAACAAACUGUCAAACUGCAACAAGUCCAACACCUCCUUGUCUCUCAAACCCAUGUCUGAAUGGGGCAACAUGUUUGACUGGAACCAAUAGCUAUGUCUGUCAAUGUGCUACAGGCUUCACUGGAACAAACUGUCAAACUUCAAGUUCAACACCUCCGUGUCUUUCAAACCCAUGUCUGAAUGGGGCAACAUGUUUGACUGGAACCAAUAGCUAUGUCUGUUCAUGCACUGAAGGCUUUACAGGAACAAACUGUCAAACUGCAACAAGUCCAACACCUCCUUGUCUCUCAAACCCAUGUGGGAAUGGGGCAAUAUGUUUGACUGGAACCAAUAGCUAUGUCUGUCAAUGUGCUACAGGCUUCACUGGAACAAACUGUCAAACUUCAAGUUCAACACCUCCGUGUCUUUCAAACCCAUGUCUGAAUGGGGCAACAUGUUUGACUGGAACCAAUAGCUAUGUCUGUUCAUGCACUGAAGGCUUUACAGGAACAAACUGUCAAACUGCAACAAGUCCAACACCUCCUUGUCUCUCAAACCCAUGUGGGAAUGGGGCAAUAUGUUUGACUGGAACCAAUAGCUAUGUCUGUCAAUGUGCUACAGGCUUCACUGGAACAAACUGUCAAACUUCAAGUUCAACACCUCCGUGUCUUUCAAACCCAUGUCUGAAUGGGGCAACAUGUUUGACCGGAACCAGUAGCUAUGUCUGCACAUGCACUGCAGGCUUUACAGGAACAAACUGUCAAACUUCAAGUCCAACACCUUGUCUUUCAAACCCAUGUCUGAACGGAGCAACUUGCUCACCAGGAACCAAUAGCUAUACCUGUGUUUGUGAUGCAGGUUUUACUGGAAUAAACUGUCAAACUGCAACAAACCCAACACCUCCUUGUCUUUCAAACCCAUGUCUAAAUGGGGCAACAUGUUUGACUGGAACCAAUAGCUAUGUCUGUACAUGCACUGCAGGCUUUACAGGAACAAACUGUCAAACUGCAACAAGUCCAACACCUCCUUGUCUUUCAAACCCAUGUCUGAAUGGGGCAAUAUGUUUGACUGGAACCAAUAGCUAUGUCUGUCAAUGUGCUGUAGGCUUUACUGGACCACACUGUCAAGUUUUUACAAACCUUUGUAAUUCCGACCCAUGUCUGAAUGGGGCAACUUGCUCACCAGGAGUCAAUAGCUAUACCUGCGUUUGUGAUGCAGGCUUUACUGGAAUAAACUGUCAAAAUGGUGCACCAACCACAACUUGUAAUGACCUCCCCUGUCUGAAUGGGGCAACCUGUUUCACUGGAACAAACGGGUAUAUUUGUCAAUGUACUGCAGGCUUCAGCGGGACGAACUGUGAAAAUGGUGCACCAACCACAACUUGUAAUGACCUCCCCUGUCUGAAUGGGGCUAACUGUUUCACUGGAACAAACGGGUAUAUUUGUCAAUGUACUGCAGGCUUCAGCGGGACGAACUGUGAAACAGAUUCGUUGGAUUCAACACCACCAGUAGUAACUUGUCCAGCUGACUUUAGUUCUGAGGUUUCAACUGGUACUUUUAGCAAGCAAGAGUCAUGGACUCUACCAACAGUAACUGAUAACUCUGGAAGCUUCUUCUUGGUAUCAAGCACGUACAAUCCUAACGACUUUUUCCCUGUUGGUGAAACCACAAUAAUGUACACAUACAGAGAUGCUUCCAACAACAUCAAUACCUGCAGUUUUACUCUAACGAUUGUUGAAGUGACAAGUCCAACACCUCCUUGUCUUUCAAACCCAUGUCUGAAUGGGGCAACAUGCUUAACUGGAACUAAUAGCUAUGUCUGUUCAUGCACUGCAGGCUUUACAGGAACAAACUGUCAAAAUUCAUUGGACGCAACACCACCAGUGGUAACUUGUCCAGAUGACAUUAGAUCUGAGGUUCCAAUAGGUACUUCUUUCAGGCGAGAGACCUGGGCUCUACCAACAGUAACUGAUAACUCUGGAAGCUUCUUUUUGGUAUCAAGCAACUACGAUCCUAAUGACGUUUUCCAAGUUGGUGAAACCAUAGUCACGUACACAUACAGAGAUGCUGCCAACAAUGUAAAUAGCUGCAGUUUCACUAUAAUGAUUGUUGAAGUGACAAGUCCAACACCUCCUUGUCUUUCAAACCCAUGUCUGAAUGGGGCAACAUGUUUAACUGGAACUAAUAGCUAUGUCUGUUCAUGCACUGCAGGCUUUACAGGAACAAACUGUCAAACUGGAGCUUGUAGUUCCAAUCCCUGUUUGAACGGAGGUACCUGUGUGACCUCCAGUCCUACCUCCUAUACAUGUCUCUGCCUUCCUGGGUAUUCAGGGACCACAUGUCAAAUACAAUCUGCAGAUCCUUGUCUUUCUAGCCCUUGUGUAAAUGGAAGAUGCUUGAGAUCGUCGUCAACUUAUUCAUUUGUGUGUUUGUGCAAUGAUGGUUACAUAGGUGACAGAUGUGGCACCCUAUUAGAUCCUUGUCUUUCUAGCCCUUGUGUAAAUGGAAGAUGCUUGAGAUCGUCGUCAACUUAUUCAUUUUUUUGCUCUUGUGAUGACGGGUUCCAGGGUGAAAGAUGUGACGUUCUUAGAGAUCCUUGUCUGUCUAGCCCUUGUGUAUCUGGCGUGUGCUUGAAAUCCUCGACAUCAUUCUCAUACGAAUGUCUUUGUAAUAAUGAUUACACUGGCACAAGGUGUGAGAUACCACCAGCUGAAGCUUGUAGUUCCAAUCCCUGUUUGAACGGAGGUACCUGUGUGACCUCCAGUCCUACAUCCUAUACAUGUCUCUGCCUUGCUGGGUAUUCAGGGACCACAUGUCAAAUACAACCUGCAGAUCCUUGUCUUUAUAGCCCUUGUGUAAAUGGAAGAUGCUUGAGAUCGUCGUCAACUUAUUCAUUUGUGUGUUUGUGCAAUGAUGGUUACAUAGGUGACAGAUGUGGCACCCUAUUAGAUCCUUGUCUGUCUAGCCCUUGUGUAUCUGGCGUGUGCUUGAAAUCCUCGACAUCAUUCUCAUACGAAUGUCUUUGUAAUAAUGAUAACACUGGCACAAGGUGUGAGAUACCACCAGAUUCCUGUGACUCUUCUCCAUGUAAAAACAAUGCAAAUUGUAUCACAUUACCCGGGAACUCUAUCUUCUGUGAGUGCUUCAAUGGAUACACAGGAACCUAUUGUGAAAUUGUCCCAGAUCUUUGUUCUGUGCAGCCAUGCGAGAAUGGAGGCACUUGCUACCAGCUUUCUGACUUCCAAUAUCGGUGUGUCUGCGCAAAUGGAUUCUCCGGGUUGAACUGUGAAAUUCCUUCAGACGUCUGUGUGAGCGCACCCUGUAAAAAUGGAGCAACAUGUGUCAAUGAAUCACCAUUAUAUACCUGCAUCUGCACCGCCGCCUAUAUUGGUCAAGACUGCUCUAUUCCAGCGGGCAGUAGGUGUGACUCUGACCCAUGUAUGAACGGCGGAACCUGCGAACCCAAUAUGGCACAGGACUCAUACACCUGUAGAUGUCUUCAAGGGUUUACUGGAGACAACUGCCAGACUUCGGUCGAUCUUUGCAGUCCAUCCCCAUGUAAGAAUGGAGCAACGUGCGAGGUAUCCGGGACAAACGUCUCAUGUAUUUGUCCGAUGGGAUUCAGUGGAGAGACUUGUGAAAUGUCGACCCCUGACCCGUGUGCGUCAUCACCAUGCGACAACGGAGCAACAUGUGGACUCAACCAAUCGGAUUCCUUCAUUUGUUAUUGCCCACAAGGUUUUUCUGGAGACCUAUGUGAAAUGAUUGUUAGUAUUUGCCAGUCAGGACCUUGUAUGAAUGGUGGAACAUGUGCAGCCAGUGGUUCGGGAUAUGUAUGUUCCUGCUCUCCGGGCUACAUGGGUACAAUGUGCGAGUUGUAUAGACCAUGCACUUCCAGUCCUUGUUUGAACAACGGUACAUGCAAUGAGGAUAACACUGAUCCCGACGGCUAUACAUGCGUGUGCCCUCGAAUGUACACAGGAAACAACUGUGAAAGUCCAAUGGAAUGCCCCAUGCAGUAUUGUUCGAAUGGAGGCACAUGUACUGUGGUCUACCAACCAGACGACACAGAGACAUAUGAAUGCGCUUGCCCCAACACACACUCGGGUGACCAAUGCGACACCGAUCGCUGCUCUAACUACUGUUUGAACGGUGGAACGUGCUCAGUCAGCGACACCCUGGUGGUUUCUUGUCAAUGUCAAAUGGGAUUCUCUGGAGACAAUUGUGAAGAUACGGCACCAGCUACUUGUGUCACAAUGCCAUGCGAGAAUGGAGCUACUUGUACGGAUGUUAUGGGCACUGCUGAAUGCAUGUGUCCAAAUGGUUUUAGUGGGGUAUAUUGUCAGACAGAUCACUGCCAGUUGGUAAAUUGUAUGAAUGGUGGGAUGUGCGUACUAAACAACAUGAACACAGCAGAGUGUUUAUGUCCUGAUGGUUUCACUGGAGGAACCUGCCAAAAUGCUAUCAAUUUCUGUUCACCUGAACCAUGUAAAAAUGGAGCAACCUGCUUGAAUCUUCAGACUAACUACACAUGCGUGUGUCCGAGCACCUUCACCGGCACGACAUGUGAGACUCAAGUCGGUUUGUGUGGCAAUCUGAAUGGACGCUGUAUGAACGGGGCUGCGUGUGAUGCUGCAAACAACAGGUGCAUCUGCGAAAUGGGAUAUCUUGGAACUCUCUGUGAGGAAGAUGUCAAUGAAUGUGCCUCCAACCCGUGUAAGAACAAUGGAGUCUGCGUUAACCGUGUCAACCGGUUUGAUUGUGCAUGCAAGGCAGGAUUUACUGGUUCCACAUGCGAGAAAGCUGAGAACACAGGCAACAAAGCUUCGACUGCCCAAAUUGUCUUAGAGCCAUGGUGGAUUGCACUGAUAGCACUGAUCGGUGUUCUAUUCGUCAUCUUUCUCAUCAUAGUCAUCUGCACCAUGAACCGUACCCAUGACGACGUAAAGAAACCAAUCAUCUAACUUCUAAGAAGCCUCGUCACAAUCUUUGUUUACCCUAUAUUGUUUUUUGUUUAUAACUUUUAUUUAAACUUUUAUAUAUGAUUCAGAAUUUGUCUAAGCUAUAUUGCAGAGUUUCCCACUAUGGUGUUAAUUUUUUAGAUUUAGUGAAAUUAAUGCUUUGGUUGUAUGUGAAGUUGCACGAGUUUUUGCUAACAUUUCAGCUGUUACCUAUGACCUGAUACUGUGGCUGAUACUGAUGGUGGAUACUAAUACUAACUAAUAUUCUGAACUGUCUUAAUUAUGUUGUUUAAGCAAUUGUUAAACUCACUGCUUUGUAAACCAGUUUCAGACUCGGCUUUUAGUAUAGUUCUGAUUUGCUAACAACAUUUUGCAAGUUUUUACUUCAUCAAAAAUUACUUGCGAUUAUGUUGCAUUUGUUGUUAAUAUUCCCGAAGAAUUCAAAGUGAAUUAAGGACAUUUUGCCGCAAAAUAAAUUAACACAUUUCAGACGUGUAAAAAAUUGUUGUCCUAAAAUUCAGUGUUGAAAUAGAAUUUUAAAAUCCCCGGGUACGAAGGACCAAUUUGGUUAGGUUUCGUUGACCAUUGUGCCUUAUCAUAAUAUUGUUGUUUCUGGCGGUUACUUUGUAAUUGCAGUUUUUUUAGACAAAAUGUGUCAUUGUCAGUACCUGUAACAUGACUGAUAUAUCCGAUGUCCAUGCAUUGCUAAUUAACACUUCUCUUUCCAGUUACUAGUUACUUAAUGGGUUUCAAACAGUAACAUGUUACGCACAAGCACCAAUAACCGAAGCAAAACGCCACGGAACAGCUUUGUGUUUGUUCACAAAUACCUAAUGUCUAGUUAUUUGGAAUUUCAAACAGUAACCAGCUACACAGUUUGUCAAAGGAGAUCGUGGGUUGUAUGUAUGAUAACUCGACACAAAUUAUAACGAUCGGGGGGGGGGGGUAUUAAAUCAAGGUACUGUGACGAAAUUGUAUUAGUUAAUGGAAUCUUGUCAAAUCCUAGCUAGGCUAAAGUGCUUUAAAGGACGCAUAAACAAUUCCUCCAUUGUUGUUCUUUUAAGUUAAAACUUUCUCGGUGUGUAACAUAACCCCCCCCCCCCCCCUGAGCUGUUUCUCAACUAUUCCCAGUAUUCACUUUAACCAUGAUUUAUAUCAUCAAGUACUAAGUGGAUGUUUAACAAAAUAUUUAAAUGGCUUCUAACUGUCUUUGGAUGUUUUCUUAUUUUCUGGUGGGGGGCUUGGAAGGGUAACACUUUAUAAAAUUACAGUUUAUAAAAUGUGCAACUCACAUUCUUAGAGUGUCUACCAGUUAAAUUGAGGUGAAUCCUAAUAUCUGUUUUUAAAACUUUUGUGUAAAAAAAAUAAUUUGAAAAAUGUUUGAUACUAUAUUAACUUACUGGAGAAGAGCAAGAUGGACAUUGUUAUAAAAUGCAGUACAACUCAUAAACUUGCAUGUUAUUUCAUGUGUGUUGACUCUCAAGUAAAUAUAACUUUGUAAUAAAAUAUGUAGUUAUUGGUUAUGUGUUUAUUGUGGUAGCUGGAUAUAUCAUGAUCUGUUUGUGGAAAGUUAAAAGUUAAAAUGAAAGAAAUUUUAAAACCAUUUAGAUAAGCCUGUAAACGCUUUUAAAAUCAUUUAAUAAAUAUGUGUAAUAAGGAUUGUAUUUUAUACGCUUUAAUGCUUUUUACGAAAUGACAUCUAUGCAAAAAGGGACUGUACAACCCUUACCGCCAUGUCGAAACGAGUUGAUUGUCAGUCUAUGUAAAAACUGUGAUUAUAAUUUUGUUGUGUAAUCACAACAAAAUAA